AUAGAAUGGGAAAGUAUACAGUGAAUAUCGCGGCUAAAUUGUCUACGUCACAAACUUUAAAAAAGUAAUAUAACAUAAAUUAGUAUUUUAGGAUCAGACUAUGAGGCUGCAUGGGUUAUUCCAAAGUCUGUUUUGUUUAUACGAACUUGCAAAACAAACAAGAGAGAAAAAGUACUAACUAGGAGGUUAGGGAUAAACUGUAAACGCUAACGAUGAAUUGUAGUUAAAGUUUGUUUGGUUUGUGUUGUUUUUGUGUGGUAAGUGAAAUAUUCUAAGAAAUACCUGUGAGCAAUGAGUAGGUAUUCAAGUGAUUCUGAUUCUUAUGAAAGCAGCCGUAAAAGCAAACGAAGCAAAAAGGCAAGAUCCAUAUCUAGUAGCCGUUCAUCGUCUGUCAGCAAACACAGAAAAAAGUCUAAAAGUAAAAGAAAAAAAUCCCGAUAUUCUCGGUCCAGGAGCAAAGAAACAUAUAAAUCAAGAAGUUCACGUCAUAGUCGAAGGACCUCCCAUGAUAGCCGGUCACACAGCCAGAAGUCUUCACGAGAAUCAUCCAGAUCUCGAGAUAGAUACAGGAAACGGUCACAUUCUCGAUCCUCCUCCUAUACCAGGUCUCGCAGGAGGUCUCGGUCUUCGUCAUACAAAGGAAAGAGUAGAAAGUAUCGAUCAAAUUCGAGAUCACGCUCUUGGUCAAGAUCGAGUUCAAGAUCAAAACAUAGAUCAAGAAAACGAUCGAAAUCCAACAGUUUUGAUAGUUACCAGAGGAGGAGGUCUAGGUCUCGAGGUUCUUAUUCAAGGUCUCGUUCUAAAGAAAGAAACCUUAAAUAUUCUAGAUCUAGAUCAAAUUCAGUGGAAAGUAAUUCAAAUAAUAAAAAAUCUAAGAAGAAGAGUAAAAAUGAUAAUGAAUUGUCAUCGCCAAAAAAAAUUAUAUUUGACUUGGAAAAAGUAUUGGGAGAACAGACAAAUCGCGGAUCUCUGAUUGAGGAAAUCAACUCUACGACUUUUGUACAGAAGUCAUUUUCUUCAGCAACUAAACUGGACCCAACAGCUAUGAUGACAGUUCCACCCUCCAAACCUCGCACAACUAAAACCAAUGAAAAACCAGAAGUUCUUUUUCAUCCAAAUCUGAUGGUGGAAACCAGAGAAGAUAAAUUGAAUCGUUGGGUUAAAAAAUUGUAUCAGAUCAGGCAAAGAUCAAUAAACGGAACUCCAAUGGAGGUUUAAGUGCUGUAUUUUUCUGUUAAUAUACAUGGAGAGAUGUAUUUAUA